AUACACAUGCACCGCAUACUGCAACCUGCUGCAACGCAAGAGGACGACCUUCCUGACCUUUCGCACGUUCACCCAAACACAACCUGUGUGUCGGUCGUCUGGCCUAAAGCUUAAUUCCCGCAUGAACUAGAAUGUAGUUAAUGUAAGGCUGUGUCGGCGGAAACAAAUUGUGCAGGCGGAGCCGGGAGCUGUCCCUCGCAGCCGGCACUUCAGCACCCGGUUUGGUGCAAUUCAAGCGCGUAGAUAUAACAUGCGUAGCAGCAACAGCAACUUGCAGCGCCCAGCAGCGUCACGCUGCCCGCACAGCGUCCGCACCGGUGCACUGCAUCGCGCUGCCGCGGCGCUGCUGGUAUUUCGACAGCAUCAACACCAGCUAUCUUCAUCAUUGCCUGGCGCCCGCCAACAGCGGUCAUGGUCCGCCGGCAGCUGGGCGCCCGCGGCCGCGUUAGCUUCUGCUUCUGCUCGGCCGACCGGGCCAUCGGCGCCCAAAUCCCAACCGGCGACUUCUCCGGCCUUGACCGCCGAGCCAGCGCUGGGUCCUGGCGCGCCCAUGGAUGCGGUGGUGCGGGCGGCGGUGGCGCGCAUGGGCCGCGCCUUCGGCCCCAAGGAGCAGGAGCUGGUGGACCUUCUGGCGGACAACUACUUCGACACAGUGGCCAGCGUGGCGGAGCUGAGGGAGGAGGAGACGGCCCGCCUGGCCAAGGAGUGGGGCGUGCCGCUGCGGCUGCUGCGGGAGGCGCGGGCGGUGUGCUGCGCGGCAGCCGCACCAGCGGCAGUGGCAGCGGGGGCAGCCGCACCCGCGGCAGCACCAGCCGCCGCCGUCGCCAGCGUACAGCAGCCAGAACCCUUGCAACCUGUAGCUUCACAGCAGGUCGCCACACCGCCACCGCCACCGCCGCCAACGGCAGGAGCAGCAGCAGCUGGAGCAGCAGUAGGAGCUGGAGCGGCAGUGGGGCCGGCAGGGCCGCCGGCAGUGGUGGCGGUGCCGAGGGGCGGUGUGGGCAGUGUGCGGGCGAGCGGCGGGGGACCGGCGGACGAGGAGGAGGAGGAAGACUCCUGGGCGCGGGUGGAGGGGGUUGGGGGCGAGGAGGAGCAGGAGGAGGAGGAGGAGGAGUGGAGCGAGGGCGAGGCGGCGGACGACGAGGAGGAGCAGGGGCAGGGCAGCGGUCCUGGUGUCUGCAGCAGCAGCAGUGACGGCAGUAGCAGCACUAGCAGUAGCAGCAGCCAGCGGGGGCGAGGGACGGCGCUGCCGGAGCCGGCGCCGGAGGUGGUGGGUGUUCCCAUCAUGGAGCGCCGGUGCCCUGAUAAGUUCCGGUUCGGCCACGGCAGCGGUCGGUCGGUGCGGCUGACGGAGCGGAAACGCCAGGCGCCCUACUCGCUCAAGCCCGCCAACACGCCUCCGGCCCUGGCCGCCGAGCUGCGGUCCUUCGAGCUCUUCUGCCUGCACGGCAGCUGGGAGGCGGCGGCGGCGGCGGCGGGCGAGCCGCUGAGGGGGACCACCGUGGCCAACCACCUGCAGUGCCUGCGGUGAGGGGGAGGGGGAGGAGGGAGGGAGGGAGGGAGGGAGGGACGAAGGGAGGAAGAGGAGGCCGGGAGGGAGAGGAGGGAGGGAGGGAGGGAGGGAGGGAGGGAGGGAG